CUCUGCUCCCCGCCGCCCCCGAGCGCGCGCCGGGUUAAGGCGGCCGGCCUGCUGCGUGUGUGCGUGCGUGCGUCGGCGCGUCGGUGCGUGCGUGCGUGCCGUACGCUCGCUGGGCACCGCGGCCUCACCCUCGCCCUCCGCCCCGGCGCCUGCACCGCGUAGGCCGUCCCCCGCCCCCCCGCGCGCAACCCAUAGGCGACCCCCGCCCGCGUCCCGGCAGGCCCCCCCUUUCCAAAUUUAAAGGGGGCGCAGCAUUCACGCGUUCCGCCCCAGGUGACCUCUCAGGGGUCUCCCCGCCCGAGCUGCCCCGCCGCCGAGGAACAUGGCGAAAGUGGAGCAGGUCCUGAGCCUCGAGCCGCAGCACGAGCUCAAAUUCCGAGGUCCCUUCACCGAUGUUGUCACCACCAACCUGAAGCUUGGCAACCCGACAGAUCGAAAUGUGUGUUUUAAAGUGAAGACCACGGCACCGCGUAGGUACUGCGUGAGGCCCAACAGUGGGAUCAUUGAUGCAGGGGCCUCGAUUAACGUAUCUGUGAUGUUACAGCCUUUCGAUUAUGAUCCCAAUGAGAAAAGUAAACACAAGUUUAUGGUUCAGUCUAUGUUUGCUCCAACUGACACUUCUGAUAUGGAAGCAGUAUGGAAGGAGGCAAAACCGGAAGACCUUAUGGAUUCAAAACUUAGAUGUGUGUUUGAAUUGCCAGCAGAAAAUGAUAAACCACAUGAUGUAGAAAUAAAUAAAAUUAUACCCACAACUGCAUCAAAGACAGAAACACCAACGGUGUCUAAAGCUCUGAGUUCCUCCUUGGAUGACACUGAAGUUAAGAAGGUGAUGGAAGAGUGUAAGAGGCUGCAGAGUGAAGUCCAGAGGCUUCGGGAGGAGAACAAGCAGUUCAAGGAGGAAGACGGACUUCGGAUGAGGAAGACAGUGCAGAGCAACAGCCCCACUCCCGCGUCAGCCACGGCUGGGAAGGAGGAGGGCCUGAGCACCCGGCUGCUGGCGCUCGUCGUCCUCUUCUUCAUCGUUGGCGUGAUCAUAGGGAAGAUCGCCUUGUAGAGGCAGCAUGCGAGACGGGGAUUGGAUUGAUGGGUCCGCCAUAGUGUGGGAUUUAAAUUUAUCAUAACCAUGUGUAAAGAGAAAUUAAUGUAUGAUGACAUCUCACAGGUCUUGCCUUUAAAUUACCCCUCCCCGCUUGUGUGCACCCAUGCACACACACACACAAAUAGAACAUAAUAUAACAAUCUUUUAGAAAGUUUAAAACGCAUAGUAAAUGAUUGGGGCAAAGAGUGAACCUUAUUAAUGACAAGGGAAACCAUGAUUAAAUGGUAAUGGCAUGUUGUGAAUGUCAUUUUAAGCAUCCAUAGCCUUGGUCCACGUUGCUGGAAUUCCUCUCUGCAAACAUGACACUCUUCCCCGUCUGUUGGUGCUGGCCUCUGGGAAGCUGGAGCCCACCCUGUCGAUGUCCUUCCCCGCGCCGCUCACUCACUGCGGGCAGCCUCUCCAUGCCCACCCCGGCCAUCAGUUCCUGGGGACUGGUGCACAGGGCCUGAAGGCACCAAGAACGGAGCUGUGGCCGCAUCAGCUCUGCUCAUCAGCAGCGGGGAGUGUGUGUUGCUGACUGACCCGACGCUCCGGAAGUCAAAGUCAUUGAAUGCUGUUCUCUUCAAGGGACCAAGCUAGAUAACUGUUGGUUCGUGUAGUGAGAUUGAAUUAUUAUUCAGAGAUGUUUAAUGCAUAUUUAACUUAUAUAAUGUAUUUCAUCUCAUGUCUUCUGUCACAAGAUUAUAAUUAAUUCUGUGGCCUAAAACCCACCUGUGCUACCUAACACCGUGGAGUGAAGCUGGCAAUUGCUGCCGAAGGUUCAGGGCUCUGUGCUCACAUGUGCAUGCACGCACACACGCGUACACACACACACACACACACACACACACACGUGUGCUCGUGGGAACGUUGGAGAAGAACUGCCGGGAAAUGUCUUCUGUGUAGAUAAGUGAUAGCCACCAUGGGGAGAGGACUCUCAGUAGCGGCAGUCAGCUCGAGGUCACUGUUCAGGGGAAAGAGUAGCUGGUCCCUGUGCUGUCUGUCUUCCUCUGCUCCUCACCACCACCCACACUUCAGCACCCAUGCCCCAGUGUGGUCCUGACCUUCCCAGGCAGCCCUGACUUGGAGUCAGGGCGAGAAGAGGCAGGCAGCAGAGGGGCCGGGGAGAGGGAGCCAGCUCGGCGCGGCCGGGGUGUGGUGGAUGGUGCUGGAGGGGCUUCAAGAGGGACUGUGGAUGAGCCGUCAAGUAGUGAUGGAGAGCUUGACUGUGAAUUAAUUUUAUGCCGUAAAAGACCAAUCCAAUUCUGUUUGACUAUGUAGCAUCUUAAAAAGAAAAAAAAAAAAUAAAGCCCCCAAAUUAAGA